UCUGCAUUCUUUUCCAGUGAUGAAUGAGUUAAAUUGAUUCAUUAAUCAGAGCCCUGGCAGACUUCAUUAAGAGCUCUAAAUUUUUGCUGAGUGAAAGAACAAAGAAAAGUAGCAACAAUAAUGUCUCCGUUCAAGGAUUUAUAACAAGAUUUUCAUCUUUCACAAGCUGGUAUUGGAAUAUUAUUUGUCACUUGACGUAAGUCUGGGGUAUAUCCCAUUUUCAGUGAUAAACGGAACAGAUUUAAAAAUCGUUGUGACCAACUGAAAAGAAAUGUUAAACAAGGAGUGGGGAAGUUAAGCCAUUUGAAAGAAGCAAAGAACGAUGUCCAGCUACACUACUGCCAGAAGAUGACCACAGGCACAUCCUUUGUCACGUCUGUAACUACAUAGUCACCCUUUCUUCUUUGCAACCAGCUUUGCAAGAUGGAAGAUCAGAAGAUUUUCUAACAAUGGCAACAGCUUAGUAGGUAACAUGCCUACAUCUGGGACUAGCAGAAAAGAAGGUCAUGAAUUCUUACUGCAUAAAAGGAAAUAUUCAAAUGCUUCAGAGACCCCUGAGAAUGUGAAGGAAUCAAAUGUCAGUGUGGUAGUCAGAGUUCGUCCACUGAACAAAGCAGAGCUUAGUCGAGGAGAAAAUGCUGUGGUACAUUGUCCUGGGCAAGGAACUAUACUGGUGAGCAAAUCGGCUAGCAGUGGAAGUCAAGAAAAGGCCUUUGCUUUUAGCACAGUAUUUGGACCAGAAGCCCAGCAAUAUGAAAUAUUUGAGUAUUCAGGGGUGAAGCGACUGAUUGAUCUUUCUAUUCAGGGAUACUCCUGUACACUGUUUGCAUUUGGACAGACUGGAUCAGGAAAAACUUUCACCAUCAUGGGACCUCAGCAAAUGUGUGACACCCAGCAUGAUCAGAACGUGCAUGGGCUAAUACAGAGGUCAUUUGUAUACCUUUUGGAGAAGAUCCGGUCUAAAGCAGCAGAGGUUACCCUGAAUGCAUCUUACAUAGAGAUUUACAAUGAACAGGUGAGGGACUUGCUGAACUCCAAGUUGGCUGACUCUCUUCCCCUUCGCUGGAGCAAGACCAGAGGGUUCUAUGUGGAAAACCUGAUAACGGUAGAGUUUGGGACCAUAGAGAGCAUCAUGAGCAUCGUAAGGGAAGGCACUAAGAACAGGCAAACUUCAUCUCACACCCUUAAUGACAACUCCAGCCGCAGUCAUUCUAUACUGACGAUAUAUGUGAAAAGCGAAGUGGUGAACCAAGAAAACAGUGCUCACUAUCUUACCAAACAUGGCAAGCUAUGCUUUGUGGACCUAGCAGGAAGUGAGAAGGUGAAGAAAACUGGAUCCACGGGAGAGUUAAUGAUGGAGGCAAACAACAUCAAUUGCAGUUUGCUUACUUUAGGAAACUGCAUCUCUGCUCUAGUAGACUCUAAGAGGAAAGAUGGACAUAUUCCCUACAGGGACAGCAAACUCACCAAGCUACUGGCUGAUUCUCUGGGUGGAUCUGGAGUCACACUAAUGAUUGCUUGCAUAUCACCGUCCAUCUUCAACCUACAAGAAACAUUAAACACUUUAAGGUAUGCCAGUCGAGCCAGAAAAAUCAAGAACAGGCCUAUGGCAAGAAUGGACCCUAAAGGAAAGCUGGUCCUUGCAAUGGAACAGGAAAUCAGACGUCUGAAAACAGAAAAUGUGUUUCUCCGGCAACAGCUCUCACUGCCUCCUAUUGAUAAACAGAACUGUGAAAGUGAAAGUAAGCUGAAAAAAUCUGCUUACAGUCUAUCUGAAAGUUCAACUGAAUCUGAAGAUCCCCCAAGAAAAUCAAUACUUCACCCAGAUCCAGGUCUUUAUGGCAUGUUGCAAGAAUUUCUAAUGGAAAAUGAAAGUCUCAGGCAGGAGAACAACCAGGUGCUGAACAGCAGAGACAGUAUCAGACAGGAGAUGCAGAGCAUUCUGUGGGAAAACAGUCGACUGUUUCGAAAGUUAGGAGAACUGGAAAGAGUGAUGUCCUCUUCUCCAGCAGCCAGCAGUCACAGUCUUAUCUACAGUGACAGCAUCAGUGGGAACUUGUCUCUUCCACUGUCACUCUGCAGUGGAUACUGUCCAGCUCAUUGUUUGCAGCAGGUAACAAACUCGCCUCCCUUGGAGCCAUUUCUGAAUGCAAGGGGUACAAAACAUGUCAUUUGCCAGAGUAAUCUCCAGCAACAAGAAGUUCAACACCACAUGCAGCAGCAGCCAAAACAAAGCUGUGACUCUCGGCUUUUUAACAGAAAAACAAGCCAGAUUAAGCAUGGAAAUUAUGUGAAUCACUUCCAGAUAAUGAAGGAAUCCAAAAGUCAAAGAAGUGAAGAAAAAGCACAAGAAAAAGUCAUUCCUUCUGCCCCUCCUUUGGACUUGAUUCCUGUUUAUAGGCCUGAGGCCAUCUCCAGAGAGGCAUAUGACAGAACAAAAAAAGAGCAUAAUCUGUCUUUUGGUCAGGUUAUCGAAGAGCUUCAUUCCUUAGAUCAUCAGAUGAAAUACUGCAGCAAUGGUAAUAAAACUUCCCAGAAUCCUCGUGGUGGCGGCUACCAUAGUCAACAAGAGCACUGGUUGUCCAAAGCAGCAAAGCAAAAAGUCUGACCAGCUCUUCUUUUGUUGUGAAAAUUGCAUACUGUAUUUUCUGACAGAUGUGAAUGUUUACAUUUCACUGCUCUAUAACCUGUCCUCCUGUGUCAAUAUGACUGUCAAGUUCUCUGUUAAGAGCCCCAGUUUCUUAUAUUCCACUUCAGAAGUGAAAGUUGUAUGGAUAGCUUCACAUGGCAAUAACAAAAUGUGUUAUAACAGUUUUUAAAGGAAUAAGAUAAAUCCUUAACUGCAUAGAAAUAUUCAAGCGACUGUAUUAGACCAGGACAUUAUCAUGGGUUGCCAACAUAACUUUCUUUGUUGUUACGUCCUUGUUAAAAUAAAAAUCUAGUGAAAUUGUU